CAUUUGUAAUUGGUGUGAUUGGAACAAUAGGGGGCAUAUCAGUGUUCACCAAGUGCCUCAAAAUGUCCAAUGAAUUUGCAUCAUGCGUUGCAUUCUUUUUUAAAACCAUCAGUUAUGUGAUAGCUGCACUUGGCAACUCGGGAUGGUGCAUGUACCUCAGCAGUGCAGUAGGGGGUUUUGGAGGAAUGUCUAGUCCGCUCAACAGAGCUAUUAUAUCUGAAACGGUUCCCAAAAACCACAUUGGUAAACUUUUUUCGAUUUUGUCAGCGUUCAUGACAGCAGUACCUAUAGCAGCAGGCACCGCCUACACCAUGCUCUUCAACAGUACAAUGGAUGGUUUCUCAGGGGCUGUUUUUCUUCUGUCUGCUGCUUUAAGUGCAAUAUGCUGUAUUUCACUGGGAGCCGUUUCUAUUCUAACACAAUUACAGAACCCACAUCCCUACAAUUUAACCAAUGAAGAUGAAGUUUCUGAGCCAACUACGUAAUAAUUUUGUUUAACUCCCUGAUGCACUUGCGCAAAUGUUUUUGCCACAUAUGUACUUGAAUCAAAUAGCAAUCUUCAACAAAUGCAAGAAUUCAUUCAGAGCAGCUGAAGAGUGAGGAAAUGCUGAAGUAUUGUGAUAAGUAUCAACACAGUAUUAGGUAUUAGCUUUAGAAAAGCAUUACAGGGUAAUAUGUAUUUGCAAUAAUGAUAGAAUUUAGCUGUGAUUUAGAAUAGUACAAUGUACUGUGGAAUGAAAAGGGAGCAACCAAGGCUGUUAUAUAAAUCUUGUUAUUUCAGUUCCUUUUUAGGAUAUAUUUUACAAUCAAAUGUGUUUCUCCAAACAUUUUUUAUAUACAGUAAUUGUUUCUAUGGCCAAAAUUGAAUUGGCCUUUCAUAUAGGAUGAAGGUUAGAACAAGUCAUCGGGGCAAUUAAUUUAAGAUAAACCUUUUUGUCCGUAAAAUUUGAUUUUAAAAUGACAAAGAAUUGACAUUGUACCUCAAAGAAUAUCAAGCAAAGCAAGAUAAAAAAAAAAGACAUAAAAAAAAAAUUCUGUUUG